GCAUAAACAGUCUAAGUUACCAGGAAGUGACGUCAUUUCGUCAUUACUUCCGGUUAAUAACGAAAUAUGGAGGAGAUUGGCAUCACUGUCACCGAAAAGGAAGAUUCUGUAGUGAGUGAAUCUCGCCCCGGAACUGCCCAAACCAUUCCUCAUUACGAUCCCUUAGCUUUGGAUAAUGAAGACCUCUAUGUUAAGUAUAAACGACUCCAGAGACAAUUGGAAUUUCUUGAAGUACAAGAAGAAUACAUUAAAGAUGAACAAAAAAAUCUUAAGAAAGAGUAUUUGCAUGCCCAAGAAGAAGUUAAACGUAUUCAAAGUGUCCCCUUAGUGAUUGGUCAGUUUUUAGAAGCUGUAGACCAAAAUAAUGGUAUUGUUGGAUCCACUACAGGAUCUAAUUAUUAUGUUCGCAUCCUGUCUACCAUAGAUCGUGAGUUACUAAAACCUAGUGCGAGUGUUGCUCUGCACAAACACAGUAAUGCUCUUGUUGAUGUUCUUCCUCCGGAGGCAGACAGCAGUAUAACCAUGCUUCAACCAGAUGAGAAACCGGAUGUGACCUACUCUGACAUUGGUGGCAUGGACAUACAAAAACAAGAAGUACGUGAAGCUGUGGAACUGCCUCUCACACACUUUGAACUAUAUAAACAAAUUGGUAUCGAUCCCCCUCGUGGUGUGCUUAUGUUUGGUCCCCCAGGAUGUGGAAAGACUAUGUUGGCCAAAGCUGUUGCUCAUCAUACAACUGCUGCAUUUAUUCGUGUUGUUGGCUCAGAAUUCGUUCAGAAAUACUUAGGAGAAGGCCCCCGUAUGGUGCGGGAUGUAUUCAGAUUAGCAAAGGAAAAUGCACCAGCAAUUAUUUUCAUUGAUGAAAUCGAUGCUAUUGCAACUAAGCGUUUCGAUGCUCAAACUGGAGCCGACAGAGAAGUGCAAAGAAUUCUUUUAGAACUUCUUAACCAAAUGGAUGGUUUUGAUCAAACUGUUAAUGUUAAGGUUAUUAUGGCAACUAACCGAGCAGACACUUUAGAUCCUGCUUUAUUACGUCCUGGACGUUUAGACAGGAAAAUAGAAUUCCCACUACCUGACAGGCGCCAGAAGCGUCUUAUCUUUUCAACUAUUACUGGCAAAAUGAAUCUUAGUGAAGAAGUUGAUUUGGAAGAUUAUGUAGCUCGACCAGACAAGAUUAGCGGUGCUGACAUCAAUGCUAUCUGCCAAGAGGCUGGAAUGCAAGCUGUCCGUGAAAAUCGCUAUGUCGUGCUUGCCAAGGACUUUGAAAAAGGCUAUAAAAAUAAUGUCAAGAAAGAUGAGACUGAACAUGAAUUUUACAAAUAAAUACCUCUUUUAUAAUGGAUAAUUUUCUUUUUAAUAAAUGUUUACCAUCUUU